AUGGGGACCAUGUGCACCCACUGCCCCCCCGGUCAAGCUCUUUGCAUCAAAAGGAGUGGAGCUUGGACGUUGGAUCAAAUCUUGGUGCCAUUGCCUUUGAAGCAGUGCUCCUUCGAACGCAUCUACUUCUCUCGUGGCAAUGACGCUGGAGUGUACCGUGAGCGUGAAGAACUUGGAAGGCUGCUGCUACCACCGCUCUUGAAACUCCUCGGUGAAAAUGGAUUGUCAUUGGCCAACACUGUGCUAUCCUUCAUUCCCAACACCUCGGAACUGGCCUUCCUGGGCUUAGCAAAGCAGGCCCAGGACCACUUGGAUUGUCAGAAGGCAGCUCUUUUCCAAGCGCUGAAAACCAAUGGCAGCACCCCAAAGCUUACGGAUGCAGAGCUGCAGGAGCUGCUCACCGCCAAGGUGAGAACCGAGAAGGUGGUGCACAAAGACGCAAAGAUCCGAACCUUCAUCCAAGAGGACUCUUCCCGAGAGCACUUGACCAUGCAUGCCUACGACGUGCACUAUGGCACAGUCAGGCGUGGUCAGGACGCCAUCGUUGCACUGGAUGACUCCAUUGUCCGUGGGAACACGCUGAAGAAUGCGAUUUUGAGGACACUGGACAAGAUGGGCCCAACCCAGAUCGUUGUGGUCUCCAGUUGCCCACAGAUUCGAUUUCCGGAUGUCUAUGGCAUUGAUAUGGCAAAGCUGGGGGACCUGGCAGCCUUCAAAGCAGCCAUCGGACUGAUGAAAGACAGAGGGAUGGAGCACAUUUUGGAUCAAGUCUACAAGAUGUGCCGGGAGGAGCUCAAGGCUCCUUUGAGGUCCGGACACAUUGUGAAUCAUGUCCAGAGAAUCUAUGAGCCCUUCACUCCUGAAGAGAUCUCUUUGCGCAUUGCCAAGGAUGUGAAGCCAAGUGAUUGCAAGGCUGAAGUGCACGUGCUGUAUCAGAGUGUGGAAGACUUGCACAAGGCUCUGCCAGACCACAGCGGAGACUGGUACUUCACUGGUGACUAUCCUACACCCGGAGGAGCACGAGUGUGUUGCCGUGCUUUUGCACUAUGGAUGGAGGGGAGCACCCAGCGAUGCUAUGGCAUUCAUUCCGCCUUGUCCUUUCUCAAAGCUCGACGCCCAGCAUUGGUUUUGGGCAGUGGUGGUCGCGAGCAUGCUUUGGCCUGGAAACUUAGCAAGAGUGCAGAGGUCAGUGUGGUCUUUGUGGCACCGGGCAAUGGUGGUAUUGGCAAUUCUUAUGGUCAAGCAGAGCCAUUCGAUGCAGCACCCACCGUAAAUGUGGAUCUUCCAAUCACUGGCCCAGAUUUCACCGAUGUCAUCAGCUUUUGUCAUCAACAUGACGUGGGCCUGGUGGUGGUCGGUCCGGAGCAGAUGCUGGCAGAUGGUGUGGCUGACAAGCUGCGAGAAGAGGAAAUCCCCGUUUUCGGGCCAAGCAAGACUGCCGCACAGAUUGAGGCCUCCAAGUCCUUUGCCAAGGAUUUCAUGAAGCGUCACAAGAUCCCCACUGCGGAAUAUCAGACAUUCACCACUUUGGACGCUGCUCUCAAGUACAUCGAUUCAGUUCCCUUCGAUGUGGUGGUCAAGGCCAGCGGCUUGGCAGCUGGGAAGGGUGUUGUGGUGCCCGAGAGCAAGGAAGAAGCGAAGCAAGCAGUUCGGGAGUGCCUGGAGAAGAAAAUCUUUGGUGAGGCCGGGCAAGAGGUAGUCAUUGAGGAAAGGCUCUUUGGCCCAGAGUGUUCUGUCUUGGCGCUGUGCGAUGGGCACCGCAUCGCAGUGCUGCCACCCGCGCAGGAUCACAAACGUGCCUUUGAUAGUGAUCAAGGCCCCAACACUGGUGGCAUGGGCGCCUUCGCUCCCACUCCAGUGGUGAAGGAAGAGAUGAUGGAACAAAUCAAGAAGGAGAUCCUGCUUCCAACAAUCAACGGAAUGCGAGCUGAGGGCAAGCCUUUCAUUGGUUGCCUUUUCGCAGGUUUGAUGAUCACAUCAAGUGGCCCCAAAGUCAUCGAGUUCAACUGCCGCUUUGGUGACCCAGAGACACAGGUGGUGCUCCCAUUGAUGGAAGGUGACCUUUACCAUGUUCUCAGCUCUUGUGCCAACGGAGAGCUUUCAGAGAAUGCCAUCAGUGUGUCAGAGGAUACUUGCGCUGUCACUGUGAUCAUGGCCAGUGGUGGAUACCCUGGGUCCUAUGACAAAGGGCACAUGAUUUCUGGUCUUGAACGUGCAGGCAUUGUUCCUGGUGUGACCGUUUUCCAUGCCGGUACCAAGCCAGUGGACAAUCAGGCCCUUUCUCUCACUUUGACGACCAGCGCUGGUGCUGCCGCACUUCAGCGCAUGAUCCACCACCGCACAAUGACCAGAGGGGUGAUCAAGCCCACUUCGGUGGUCACCUCUGGUGGACGAGUCCUGGCCGUCACGGCUGUGGCACAUGGUGGAAUCUCUGAGGCUCGGGAACGUGCUUAUGUGGCAGUACGUUCCAUUCGAUUUCAAGAUGCCCACUACAGGAAGGACAUUGGUUCAUCAGCUAUCGCCAUUCCUAGGCCACGAAUUCGAAGUGGCGGAGAGCUCGCCAACAUGGCACACAAUUCACACGUGUCCAAGGGCCACCCAGGACCAGCUGAAAGGAAAAGCUCGGCAACCUAUCUGGAUGCAGGAGUGGACAUCGAGAUGGAUGAGGCCAUUGGAGCCAGCACCAAGAAGCACAUGCAGCGCACCAGUCGAGCUGGCUGCAACUUGUCCAGCGCAGAUGUCCAAGAGGCCCACAUGGACUUCAGCGCCUUGAGCUAUGACAAGGCAGAGGUGGUGAACAGCACCAACGGAAUUGGAACUAAACUGAAAGUUGCAACUGCUAUGGGCCAAUUCCAGAGCAUUGGAACCGACUUGUUGGCCCUUUGUGCCAAUGAUGUGGCAGCACGAGGAGCUGAGCCACUCAUGUUCUCGAGUCAUCACUCCUGUGCAAAGCUCGAUGCCCAACAGGCAUUGGAUGUAAACCAAGGAACUGCUGAUGGUUGUUACGAGGCCGGCUGCGCAUUCGUAGAAGCAAAGACUGCUGAGAUGCCUGGUGUCUACAACUCGGGCACCUUUGACCUGGUUGGCUUUUGCAUCGGUGCAGUUGAGAAGGGUUCCCUCCUUCCCAACAGGAGCGCCAUGCAAGCUGGUGAUGUCCUGAUUGGCCUGCACUCCUCGGGGCUGCACAGCAAUGGUUUCAGCUUGUUGCGCUCUGUGGUGCAGGCGGCUGGCAUCCGAUAUCAGGCGGCAGCUCCUUUUGACCCUACCCGCUCCUUUGGUGAAGUCCUUCUGGCACCAACUCGGAUUUAUGUUCGUGCCCUGCUGGCAUUGACCAAAGCUGGCUUGUUGAAAGGUGCCGCUCCUAUUACUCGUGGAGGCUUGUCUCGCAGCAUCCCCAGGGUACUUCCAAAGCAAUUGAAGGCCAAUUUGAAGGCUGAGAAUUGGGAGCUUCCUCCUGUCUUCAGGUGGAUCGCAGCGAGAUGCAAGAUUCCUUGUGACGAGCUAGCAGCGACUUUCAAUUGUGGCAUUGGCAUGGCCUUGGUCGUGGCACAGGAGCACAAAGAUCAGGUGAUGACCAUGCUGAAGAAGAUGGACGAGGAGGCAUGUGUCAUUGGAGAGCUGGCUGCCAGAUCGGACGGACAGCCACAAGCUCACGUGGAUGGAGCUGAGAGUUGCUGGUUGAUGCUUCCAGAGCUGGGUGUGUCCUUGCCCUUUCCUCAGGUGCUAUCAUCUCUCCAAGACCCACACAUGGUCUCGCGUUCCAAGGUCAUGGUUCUUGGUGGCUCUGCAUUGGCCACGCCAUUGCGAGCCUUGUUGGAAGCUACAGAGAUUUGGGCCUUCCCAGCAGAGGUCAGUGCAGUGAUCAGCUUGAGCUCACAGAGUCAACUGAUGAAAGUUGCCAAAACUGCGGGCAUCGCCAGCUUCGUUGUGGAGCCAGAGGUCAAGGUAGGCGGCAAUGCCUUCGCACCACCACCAAGAGGUGCAGAUGUUCACGUGGAAGAGCUUUUGGAGAAGGUCUUGGAGCAGCAUCGUGCUGAUCUCAUCGUGGUCAUGGAUGAUUUCAGCUUGGAACUCUUGCCUUUGAGCAUGCGAAAGAAGUGGGCUGGCAAGCUAAUCACAGUCAGAGCAUCAUUGGUGCCCUACAAGAUCGAACAAGAUCCUUUGCAGCUUGUGCUGGAUGCUGGGAUGUGCGUCACUGGCUGCACCAUCUACCAGCAGACAGAGGACGCUGAGGGUGAGAUCAUGUUACAAGAAACUGCUCGAGUCCUCGAGAGCGACACUCCUGACAGCCUCCACGAGCGAAUCAUUGAGGAUGCCGAAUCCAAGGCCUUGCCUGAGGCGGUACGCCUGGUGGCAUCCGGAAAAUGGAAGUCUCGAAGGUCGGUGGACUCAGCUCCUGUGGCGCAGACGAGCCCUUCAUUGCCCUCGACUGCCAAGAUGGACGGUGAUGCCAAGCGAUAUGAACAGCGAGGCGUGUCGGCAGACAAAGGUGAUGUGCAUGCAGCGAUCAAGAACAUGGACAAGGGCCUUUUCCCAAGGGCAUUUUGCAAAGUGGUUCCGGACUUCAUCUCCAGGGAUCCUACGCAAGCCAUUGUCAUGCACGCGGAUGGCGCAGGUACAAAGUCCUCGCUGGCGUACAUUUAUUGGAAGAAGACCGGGGAUAUCUCAGUUUGGAAAGGCAUAGCCCAAGAUGCCUUGGUGAUGAACCUGGAUGAUUUGCUGUGCGUGGGGAUCACUGACAACAUCUUGUUGUCCAGCACCAUUGGCCGCAAUAAGAACCUCAUUCCACGCGAAGUGAUUGGGGCAGUGAUUGCUGGCACUGCUGCCCUGGUGGAUGAACUCAACCGGCAUGGAGUCGGCAUCAUCCUCACGGGUGGUGAGACGGCAGAUGUCGGUGACCUGGUGCGGACCAUCAUUGUGGACUCCACGGUGGCUGCCCAAGUGCCCAGAAGCGAUGUCAUUGACAAUGCCAACAUCCGAGCCGGUGAUGUGAUUGUCGCAUUGUCAUCUUCGGGUAGGGCCACUUAUGAAGAAGGCUACAACAGCGGCAUUGGCAGCAAUGGCCUUACAGCAGCACGACAUGACACCUUCAAACACUCCUUGGCAGCUGAGUUCCCUGAGUCUUUUGACCCCAUGAUGGCUCAGGAGCUGGUGUACAGUGGAAAGGUUGGACUAGAAGAUCCCAUUGACAUCGAAGGAUUCGGCACCAUCCCAGCGGGCAAGCUCCUUCUCUCGCCCACCAGAACGUAUGGACCGAUUGUGCAGAAGAUUUUUGCUGCUGGCCUUCGCCAGCAGAUCCACGGCAUGGUCCAUUGCUCAGGUGGUGCACAAACAAAGGUCUUGCAUUUUGUGGAUGCUGUCCAUGUGAUCAAGGACAAUCUCAUGAAGACUGCACCUGUAUUCAGACUAAUCCAGGCCAAUUCGGGCACUCCAUGGGAGGAGAUGUACAAGGUAUUCAACAUGGGCCACCGCUUGGAGUUCUACACAAACCAGGAGGCGGCAGCAAAGAUCAUUGACAUCUCCAAGACUUUUGGUGUCGAAGCACAGAUUAUCGGCAGGGUAGAGGCUCUCCAGCCGGGCAAGAAGAAGGUGACGAUCAAGUCUGAGCAUGGCCUUUUUGAGUAUGGCUCCUAA